AAAAAAAAAGGAGAGAAAAUUAUCAUCCCACCCUGGCGCCUCCUCUCCACCCACCGACUCCCGAGACAAUGCCGCCGCGGCGCGCGCGGGCGCGCGGCGGCAGCAGCAGCCGGCGCCGCUGCUAGAUCCCACGUUCGCCGCGCGCGCGCGCGGGCGGCCUCGCCGUGGGGCUCGAGGCGACGCGACCAAUGCGCGAGCACGAACGGCGUGGGCGAGGGAGAGGAGGAGGAGGAGGAGGACGCGUGUCACCGAUGCCCCCCGGCGAGGACGCCGACACGGCGUCGUCCUGCAGCGGUGCCGACGAAGGCGAGGCGCAGGCGCAGGCGCAGGGGAAUGAGCAGCAGCGCGCGGAGCGGGUGCUCCCCAAUGGGGACCUGUACACGGGGCAGUGGCGCGGCGGCUCGCCGCACGGCGCCGGGAAGUACCUGUGGGCGGACGGGUGCAUGUACGAGGGGGAGUGGCGGCGGGGGAAGGCGACCGGGCGGGGGAGGUUCUCGUGGCCGUCGGGCGCCACCUACGAGGGGGAGUUCCUCGACGGCUUCAUGCACGGCGCCGGCGCCUACGUGGGCGCCGCGGGGGACACCUACCGCGGCGCCUGGGCCAAGAACCUCGAGCACGGCGCCGGCGAGAAGCGCUACGCCAACGGCGACUGCUACGACGGCGAGUGGCGCGCGGGCCUCCCGGAGGGCUGCGGCCGCUACGCGUGGCGCGACGGCACCGAGUACGCCGGCGGCUGGCGCGCGGGCCUCAUCCACGGCCGCGGCGCCCUCGUCUGGGCCAACGGCAACCGCUACGACGGCGGGUGGGAGGGCGGCCGCCCCCGCGGCCAGGGCACCUUCCGCUGGUCCGACGGCAGCCUCUACGUCGGCUUCUGGGGCCGCGAGGCCCCCGGCGGCGCCGUCCACCAGAAGGGCGUCUACUACCCGUCCCCGGCGGCGGCGGGCGAGUCCCGCGACCCCAGGGAGGUGUUCGCGCGGGAGCUCCCCGAGUGCGUCCGCUCCAGCACGGAAGGGCAGUCGGCGCUGCCGUCGCUGCGUUCGCUGAGGUGGCUGGCGCGGUCGAUCAGCGGCCGCGGGAGCUCGUCGUCGGGCCGGAGCAUCGGCUCCGUGGUGGGCGUGCCGCACCUCUGGGGCUCCGACGGCGAGGUCAAGCCCGACAUUGCCGACGACUGGAGGCGCCGGAGCAGCGUCAGGGAGGGGAGGGGACCGCCGCCGCCUUCGCUGGCGGCGCCGCCGCCGCCGCCGCACGUCGACAAGGGGGCGGCGCCGCCGCGGGUGAUGAAGCGGCAGGGGGUGACCAUCGCCAAGGGCCACAAGAACUACGAGCUCAUGCUCAACCUGCAGCUCGGGAUCAGGCAUGCAGUAGGAAGGCAAGGCCAGGUUAUAUUAGACCUGAAGUCAUCAGCAUUUGACGCAAAAGAAAAAGUAUGGACUAAAUUCCCUCCAGAAGGCUCAAAAUACACCCCUCCACACAAUUCUUCUGAUUUCAGAUGGAAGGAUUACUGCCCAAAGGUGUUCCGGACAUUGCGCAAGCUGUUUAAGGUUGAUCCAGCUGACUAUAUGCUAUCCCUUUGUGGAGAUGAUGCUCUCCGUGAACUCUCGUCCCCUGGUAAAAGUGGAAGCUUCUUUUACUUGACAAAUGACGACCGCUACAUGAUAAAGACAAUGAAGAAAUCUGAAGUAAAGAUGCUUCUGAAGAUGCUUCCAGCUUACUACAAUCAUGUUCGGGCAUUCGAGGAUACCCUGGUGACAAAGUUUUUUGGCCUACAUUGUGUAAAGUUGGCUGGAGCAAAUCAGAAGAAGGUUCGUUUCGUCAUAAUGGGAAAUCUUUUCUGCUCUGAUCACACUAUUCAUAGGCGAUUUGAUCUGAAAGGAUCAUCUCUUGGCCGUACAACUAACAAGCCACUGGCAGAAAUUGAUGAGUAUACAACUCUGAAAGAUCUUGAUCUUAAUUUCAUCUUUCGGUUGCAAAAACAAUGGUUCCAAGAGUUCCAAAGGCAAGUAGACAAGGACUGUGAAUUUCUUGAGCAUGAGAAGAUCAUGGAUUACAGUCUUUUAGUGGGUGUACAUUUUAGAGGUGCCGUUGAUAUUGAUGGUGACAUACCUGCAUCACCACGCCUUUCAAGAUGGGACAGGGAUCACUUUCUUUCUGACCCAAACAGGUGGUCGAAGAUUAAACUUGGGGCAAACAUGCUGUCAAGGGCUGAACUGACAAUCAGAAAGAAUGACACUGAUGUCGUUGGACAGCCAACCGGGCAGUACUGCGACGUGAUAUUAUAUUUUGGGAUAAUAGACAUACUUCAAGACUAUGAUAUCGGCAAAAAGAUCGAGCAUGCUUACAAGUCUUUUCAAUACGACUCGACAUCCAUCUCAGCAGUAGACCCAAGACAGUAUUCCAGGCGCUUCAGAGAUUUCAUAUACAACGCGUUCCAAGAAGAUCGAGCAGAGAGCUGAAAGUUUAUCUGACAAAAUGUAGCUCCAAAGUGAGGACUUUGCAAAGGCCAAAGAUCAAGCACAGCGCAGGACAGCACGGCGCUACACAAGCUCGCAUAUUCGAUUGCCUGCACCAAACUGGUCAUCUGGAAUUCGGCUGUUUUUGUAGAAGGUAUCAGUAGUUGCUGGAGCACCAUUCAGGCUGCUGGUUCCUCGCCUUCCAGGAAUCGGGAUUGACUUUCCUGUAAAUAUGAGUAGCUACGUACAUAUACACGGAGUUCACUAAUAUUUACAAGAGUAGAUGUAACAUACAGAUUCAAAAUUACACAUAGAAACAUGUAAACCACGGGUGCACAAGCCAGUCAGAGGUUGUAAAAUGUAAAUGCUCCUUUGCCUGAGGAGAUCAUUCUUUCAUGUACUGAAAACCUUUGACAUAUUGGAAGGAAUUUUUUUCUGUUCUUGA